ACCGGCUCUGGCGAAUCACACACACCGGCACGGGAUCGUUAGGGUCGGAAGGGACCUCUGGAGACCACCCAGUCCAAACCCCCGUACAAAUCACGGCCACCUGGAGCAGGUGGAAUGGUGGUUUGGAAUGUCUCCAGAGAGGAAAACAGCGCGACCUCGCUGGGCAAGCUGUUCGAGUGCUCUGCCACCACCAACAUGAAGUUGUUCCUCAUGUUGAGAUGCUGGAGAUCUCUUCAGUCCCUUUGUUCAGUGUCUUCAUCCUGCUUUUCAUUUUGCUGCUCAUUGUGUUGCUCAUCAGGAAAAAUGCCACUGCUGCCCUUAUCUGGAAUGAAAUAAUCCGGGAGAAAGUAACCAAUUUCAUCAUGAACCAGAGCAAAGAACAGAGGAUUUUAAAUUUUGUGCUGCAGAAUGCAGUGCGAGGAGACCCCCACAGUGUGGUGGACACUAUAGAUAAAUACUGCUCCCAGAAGGAGUGGGCCAUGAACGUGGGUGAUGAGAAAGGUAAAAUUCUGGACAAGACAGUGCAAGAGGCCAAUCCAUCAGUUGCCCUGGAGCUGGGAACGUACUGUGGCUACUCUGCCGUGAGGAUUUCUCGGCUGCUGAAGGCAGGAGCUCGUCUGCUCACUGUGGAGUUCAACCCAGAAUUUGCUGCUAUAGCUAAACAGAUGAUUGAGUUUGCUGGAGUACAAGAUAAGGUAAAACUCCUAGAAGGCCCUUCAGAGGAAAUUAUCCCCCAGCUGAAAAAAAAAUAUGAAGUGGAUACUCUGGAUUUUGUCUUCCUGGACCACUGGAAAGAGAGAUACACCCCAGACACCAUCCUGCUUCAGGAAUGCAACUUGCUGAGGAAGGGCUCAGUUCUUCUGGCUGACAAUAUAAUUUUCCCAGGAGCUCCAGAUUUCGUUAACUAUGUCCGCAAGAGCCCCCAUUUCCAAUGCACUAACUACCCAUCUCACCUGGAAUAUAUGCAAGUGGAAGAUGCCAUGGAGAAGGCUGUGUUUUUGGGAUAAAGAGAGUCAUUAAUAAUCAACUUUUGUUUCAAAUGAUGUAAAUGCAACUGCACAGGUUAACUUGUCCAUGCUUUACAGGUUUUUUUAAUUUUUUUUAAUUUUGGAGCUUGUAAUUAAACAAGCACUAGUGAUCUUUUUAGGUGAGGUAGAAACCAGAAUAUGGAGUAAGUUGGGUCUGUGCCAUUGUUCCACAUUAACUCAGCAAACCCAAGGUGAUGCACAUUGCCUUGACCAACACAUCAUCAAACAACAGUCUGUCAUUUUGAGCUCAACUUGAGCAACCACAAUUUGGGUUUAGGGUGGAGAAAUACACUGCAACUUCUGAAGACUUGUGUCUCCAAGCUAAACUCAUUAAUCAUUACCAAGAGUGAAAAAAAACAUUCAUGUUGCAAGAAAAGACCAUUUCAUGUGCCCUGUUUUUGCUAAAUUACUAGCAUGCCUCUUGAUGCAGUGAAGGCUCCUAUUGUGAGAGCAGAUACUUCUUUGCACAUUUACUGCAAAAGUUAAUCAUCUCUAUGUGAGAGAAAAGAGCACACACUGAAAGAAGGCAGACCCAUGCAGUGAUGAGAACAACAAAACAGAAUUUUGAAAACACAAACAAAUAAAAUUAUUAAUCUGCCCAUGCAGAGGCAGGGAAAACUGAAGUAGUAAACAGAUUAAAAUAAAUACAGUGACAGGUAACAAAAGACCAGACUCCUUCCAAAAGAACACAAAACUACAUUGCAUUUGACCUUGAUGAAAUGCUGGUUUUCCCCUCAUUAUAUUGUACAUACAUAGUACAUGCUUUUAGGGGCAGGGCAAGCUGCUUAUUCUGAAAUGCUGGAUAUGUUUAAGAUGCUGUAUAGAAAUAAAGUCCAGAGAGAAUGGGUUCUAGCAGGUGGGUCCUGCACGCCCUGGUUACCCUCAGUGCUGUUACACCAUGUGAAUAGUGUGGGUCGUCACUGAGAAGAUUCAAAGCCAAAUACAAAGUCUCUAACUCACCUGAACAACGCAGAAAUCCAGUGGCAUUUCCUAGCAUGUCCUGCCGUGAUUAUAUAAGGCAGCAACAGUCACAUUUCUAAAUAAAAAGUAAAAAACAACAGAGCAAGGUAUGACUUUUAAUUUUGUCCAAUGAAUUCUGUACUGCACAUGAGGCUUCCAGACAUGAAACAGACACAGAAAGAUUCAACAGCUAAAAAUCAGAGUGAAAUAAAGGACAACCAUUCUUGUCUUUCCCAGGAUGAAUUCUUU